CUUUGCCCCUCUACUGGAUCAUCAUGGUCGGGAUGUCAAGGUCUCAUUAAGCUGACGUCACCUAGUGGGACGAUUACGUCACCACAGUACCCCAGUAAUUACCCCGUCAAUGUUCACUGUACGUGGGAGAUACGACCUAACCCCAAACAGGCAAUUAUGGUGAUAUUUGAAGAUCUGGACGUGGAGGGAGACGCCAUGAACUGUCCGUACGACUUCAUCAGGAUGUCGGCAAACAAAUGGAUUAAGUACUGUGGAAAGAACUUGCCAGCGGCUAUUAUAACAAAUAGCUCGGUCGUUCUUCUCGAGUUUACUAGUGACAGUUCCAAGACUGGUCGUGGGUUCAAGAUAACAUACCGACCCUGGACUGGAACUAUCUUGAACUCCUCCCCCGGGACACCCAAGCCAGCCAGUCCCCAGGGAUGUACCGGAAACCCCGUGGAACUGCAUGCUCCAAGUGGGGUAGUGUCAUCACCGGAAUUUGAUGGGCAAAAAUUAUAUCAAUCAAACUUGGCUUGCUCGUGGGUGAUUAAGCAGAAAACUGUACAGGUGCUAACCUUAACGUUCCUGUACAUGGACAUUGAGAGCGAGAAUACGACUGGAUGCAAACAUGAUCGUCUUCAGGUUUUUAAUGGAACCACAGAGAGGGACCCAUUGUUGGGUACCUUUUGCGGAAAUACACUGCCUACGCCUAUGUCAGUGCAGAAUAGUGGGGUCCUUCUUCGGUUUGAAACGGACAACUUUGUAAAUGGCAUUGGAUUUAAACUUGCAUACAAAGUUAACCCACAGGAAGACGACGCCUGCGGGGUGCCCGCCAUCAGGCCCUCCUUGGCGAGCAGACGAAUCGUCGGCGGUCGGGUAGCUGUCCCGCACAGUUGGCCAUGGCAGGUGAUGUUCCGGCUGGAACGCUACGGACACUACUGCGGGGGUGCCCUGAUUGACCCUCACUGGGUGCUCACUGCUGCACAUUGCUUCUACGACUUCCCUCAAGUUUGGAGGUGGCAAGUCAUUGUUGGAAAACAUUUAAAGAAUUCAUACGAAAACGUUCAACAGACGCUUCAUAUCCAAAAAAUCAUCCCUCAUCCAGAUUACGACUACGACGCCAACUUCAACGAUAUAGCUCUAGUUCAACUGGGGUCACCAGCUUUUCUAAAAGCAGAGGUGACACCAGUGUGUCUCCCACGGACGUAUUUUUCACCUGGAACCAUCUGCUACAUCACAGGGUUCGGAGAUACUAAAGGCACCGGAGGGGAAGACUCUCUGAAGCAGGCCGCAGUGCCGAUAAUACCACCCGAAGUAUGUAACGGCACAAAUAUAUACGAUGGCGCGGUGCAGGACACUGCUUUCUGUGCGGGUUUUGUGGCCGGUGGGGCAGAUGCUUGCCAGGGCGAUAGUGGUGGACCUUUAGUAUGUACAGGAGAUUCCGGUCUAAAAUUCUACCUCUAUGGCAUAACAUCUUGGGGUGCUUCGUGCGGCGGUGCGAACCAACCUGGUGUCUACACCAAUGUAUUUGAUUACCUUGACUGGGUAAAAAACACCAUCAAGUUAAGUACAGCACUUCAGAGUCAAGCCAGUCCUCUAGUGGGAUAACCGCAGAUGUUCUAAAGCGUCAAAAAGUCGAGGCUAGCGUAUAUAUGUACACAC